GUGUAUUUUUGCCUGUCGAAAAAUUGUUCUAGAACACCUGACACAGACACUUCUGUAUUCCCCACUGUACUAAAAACUAACGUCAAGUGACCUCCUGUACCCCUCCUCUUCUCCAGCUCAAGCAAAGCAUCCCAAAUUAUGGCCGGAAGCGGAAGUAAUACUCUCCGCGAACAAACAGCGGAUCAUGACAAUCCGCUCAAGACCGCGGCGAUUUUCCUCACGCCACUGAUAAUCGCCACCGCCUGCACCCUCGCCAGAUCCGAUUUCGACCCACAAGCGGCCCAGCACCAAUCGGCGAUAACCUCGAUUUUGACUUUAUAUUUCCUCCAGUUCUCCGCCGUCGGCGGCUUUUUCGCGCUGUUCAACUCCGCGGAGCAGGGGAUUGGCGGAGAAUGGGUCCGCGGCCUCGCGAUGAUUCCGGACAUCUUCGCGACGGUGGGGGGGAUGAUCUCGGCGUUACCGAUCGUGUAUGAAUUACAAAAGCAUGGUACUAGUAUGAAUUGCAUUACAAACUUCCUCAGCAUGAGAAAUGGAAUCUGUGAUGCUGUCCGACCUUCAGAAAAAGAUUUGUAAUGCAUAACUGCAAUCACAACGAGUACGAUACUUUUGCACUGCAUAUUGUGAUUCCCUUUUUCGAGCACUGCUUCUACUGGUAUUAUUACAUUUUCAGCACCCCGGCGCACGCAGCCUGCUCGUUUCUGGACCCGACGAUGCAGGCGGGAACCGUUGCGGAACUGGCAUUAGCGAAGGCGAGUGGGUAUCAACUGCAAAUAUGUCUGGGUCUGGAAACUUGUGAUGCUGAAAUGUGCAUGACUGAAAUAUUUUCCAAUGCCGCCAAGCAUGACAAUUCUCCCGGACACUUUCUCAUGCGCAGUCCGCAUGAGAAACUGCGCUUUUGUAUGACAAAAGGAGGCGUCGUUUUGUUAGUCAUGCAAUACAGAUUUUACAGGUAUGUAGGACUAGCAUUACAAGUUUAAUGCUGCCAGACCCAGAUAUAUUUGCAAUGCAUAGUGGAAAUAGUUCCGAAGACGUGUUGAACACGUCUUACCCCGCGUCCGUUCUGAGCUACUUCCUCGGUGACUUCAUCUCCUUCUCUUUGCCAGUCGGGUUAUUAGUGAUCAACGACCCGGAUUCGCAUCGGUAUUUAUUACUCGGUUUGAUCCCUGGGUUGGUGGCGAUCCCGGUGACGUGUUUCGUCUGCUAUUUGAUUUUGUAUCUAGAGCAGAUGAACAACGGUCUUGGGUACGUUCUGGUGAACAGCAAAAUCGAGCCGUCGCCCGUGUUGGAUUGGGAACUGCGGAUAGACUUGGUAGCCUCGACGAUUCAGGUAAUUUCGCCCUGCUGGAUUCUCGCUGCGGUGAUGGGCUUGUUUUUGUACUUGCAGCCGCCAGGGGGGGCGGGAAAGGAUAAGAACAUCAAGGGUAAUAUUAGUAGUGCUGCACCUUUAGUACCACCAUCAAGUACUACACCUGCACCCCCGAUUCUCGCACGCACGAAUUCCAACGAAGCUGCUAUAGGAAGGAGACUCUCCCCACGAGGAUCAGAACGGCAAUUCGGGUCUCUAACAAGCAACGCCCGACUGACCCAAGCGAACUCGGUCGAAUUCUUCACGCCUUUACCCCUCCCGCCGGCAACAAUCAAGAGUCACCCUCAAUUGAAGACCAUCUUACAACUACCCGAGGGAGAGGGGACGAAGCAGAUACCAAAGUUGUCAGACGGGGCGGCGGAUGAGACAAGAACGCCCGAAAUUAUGAACUACACGCCUCCUGGGCGGGACGCAGAAGCUGUGAGAACGCCCCAAAUCCACGAAUUCUUCGAGGGUAUCCUAACGCCGAGCAGCAUCACGAAAGGGAGCGUGGUGGGGUUCCAGGAUAAUCUUGAAGAACUGGAAGACACUGGUACAACCUUCGAUCUGACCAAUGUCUAUCCAGAACCAGCAUCAGAAACAAGGCAAAUCAUUCCGCAGCUGAGCGACCGCCCUUCCACGGCCUUCACCAGCAAUGCCGGAAGUGGUUUGGAUUCCAGCCCCGGUGGAAACAUCAAUAGCAGUAUAGCAACAGGAGAGCGGCAGCAGAAAACCAUCAGUUUUGAAUCUAAACCACCAGUGGGGUUGAAAUCUGCGGACAACCUUGAUGUCCCGGACAGUUUUGGAGAGGACGCAGGAACAACCUACCCUGUCGCGGCGAAUGACAAGCCGGAGGAUUUACUCGUCAUCACCCUUUUUGUCGGCUUUGGCACCAUGCUCAACUACUAUCCACAGUAAACGUCCCGUACACGACGUACAAAUGCUGCUGCUGCAUGACAAAAGUUCCACUCGAUCUCAGUCAGCAUCACAAGUUUUACACUCCAAGUUAGCGAAAUUUGUCAUGCAUUUGUACUACAUGUACGGGAAAUUUGUAUUGCAUAACUACUUCCUGCGUUUCAUGUUCCUCAUCUCCGCGUUACAGCAUAUAGGCGGUUGCAUCUGGAUUUUCCAAACCUUUCUCCCCGACUACCCGGAACUCCAAUUGCAGCCAUUGUUAAAAACUUCCUCCAACGCCGUUUUCUUCCGGUACAGCGAGUCUACCGGGUUGGAUGUCGCGGCGAGUAUCGGGAUUGCGGUCUCCGGGAUGCUGCCGUUUAUGUUUUUACUCCGGGAGAAGUGUAUCUACAGCAUCUGUCGGGUUGGGAAAUUUAUCGGGUUUCACGACGAAGAGGGUUUUGGGAUUUUGGGGAUCGUGGGGUCUCUGUCGAGCAUGAUCGUCUUGUUCACCAUGCUCCCACGAAUCGCACCGAAAGAAGCAGUCGCGGCCGUCGCGUUUUCCAUUCCGGCAGCAUACAGUCUCGGCGGACACUUGGCGUUUUCUUCAAUCUACCAACCACCACUGUGUGUUCCGUUAUUAAUCGGAAAAUUGAUCGGAGGGGUUUUUGCGAUGGGACUUGCGCGGUUGACGACGUGUAGAUUAGUGGAGGAGGAUCAGAAAGAACACUCGCCGGAAACGGUGGCUAGGAGAGUACACUCUUCCGAGUUUUACGGGGCGCAGCGCAGGACAACCUUGUUUAGACUCGGUGGGGAUGAGGAUAGUGUGCGCUUUUCCGGUCGGGAUAAUUACGAUAGCAUCAGGUCUGGGAUCGGAAGGAGAAGUUCCAGGCGGAGUAAAAGGGUCAGGAGUACCGUCGGUGGUUUUUCGCCCCCUCCUCCAGGCUCGGGAACUACCAGUGCUGCUGCUAACACCCGGAAGUCCGCGGCUUUGAAGGAGUAUCUUUUAAGUUUAGAAUCCACCGAGUUUUUUGAUAAUUUGGAGGCAGACCUGGAGGAAGAUGAGGUGGAAAAUAAAUCGGAUAAUUCAUCCGACGAAGAUGAUCCUCAAAUACAAACCGCGAAGACCAAAGAAAUCCCCGCGCGCUUCGACCCGGAAUCGGCGGAGAGCGACGAGAACAACUCCGGGAGUAACUACGAGGCUGCAGGAACUACUUCUUUUCGUGGUUCAAGUAAAGACAAGACUACGCCGCCGCGCAAGUCGAAAGUGGCGAGGAGGAGGUUUAAGAAGGGCGCUUUGGUUGCGAGGAUGAUCAAAUUGCUCGAAAAGGAAGGAAAUGCAAUGUACAAGCAGAAAGGACGUCGAGGUCGAGCCAGAGAAGUAGAACUGAGUCCACGAGAAGUUCUUGUAGAUGCUGCUGGUAUCAAGACUGCAGAGGAAAAGCGGGUCCUCGCUGGAACAACGAAACAGCGCACAGAAAUAACAGCUGCAGCGCAGAACCUACAGCAGCAGAAGUCCCCUCGUUUUGACCAACACCCCCACCAGCAGUCACCGGUGAGGGUUAUGGAUCCACGGGCGCGGGGCUUCGAGCAACACAAUCCACUAUCGCCUCGUUUCCACCACCGGAAAUCCGCGUUUGUCUUCGGGGGCGACGAAGUUGUUCCGCUCUCUGACGUCGACUCGGAUGUUUCUUCGAUCGACGCAGCGCGUGUGAUUAAAAAUGCGCGCAACGUCCAUGUAUAUGGAAAUCACCACUUGCCCGGAGUUUCCCUUCCCCGUGUGAACAACAUGUGCAAUCACAUGAGUGUGUACGAUUCGCACACGCAGAAACUUCUGUCCGAUCGGGUGCGGAACGUGAUGAAGCGACUGCAGGUAAUUGGGGCAAGGACUUCGAAGGAGGGAGAAGGUGUUGAUGGGACAACAUCCACCAGGGGGAAUGGGCAGCGCAGUAGAAGAACCGAUGGCAAAGCACCAUCGCUUACCAGCCGUGACACGGGUAGCGAAGCGGAGAUCAACAAUCCGGCUGCUGGUAGUCCUCCUGCAAAGAACUUGUCAUACAAAGCGCAGUUGCAGCAAACAAAAGCCAAGCUUCUUCGACAUCCAGGGUCUGGGUCAACAACCGGGACCGUGUUUUUGGAGCAAGGUAGUAACGGUAACCGUGAUAGCGACGCGAGCACUCUGUCCGCACCCUUGUUGCAACAGGAUUACGAAGAACUCCGAAGACGGGCUACAGCUGUGGGGUCUUUCACGAGAAACUCCGAUGACGGCAACAAUAGCGGUGUAUCGGAGACGGAACUGCAACGGUCAUUCGACGGCGUGGUGAAGGAUUUGCGACAAACUGUUCUGUAAAAUCGCAGUAUCAACGUAUAGGUAUAGGAGUCGUAAUUCGCAUCCAAUGAUUGUACUUGUACUAGAUUUUCGUGCACGCUUUGUGCAAAAAGCAACACGACCAAUUUGCUUGUCAAUCGUUGUGCUUCUGCUUACAUACCUGUAACGAUAGCACGAU